ACAUAAGAAGUAAUAUAGUGCAAUAGCAGGGGGUUGAAUCGCAUUAGCAGUGUAGUGCUCUAUAUAUAAUUAGAUCGCAACGAUGAAAUCCGAUGGUAAUUCUGAUAGCUACACUUACUGUCUUCAGUACUUGUAUUUCUUUCCCAGGGCUUCACUAAUGCAUCAAGGGGAAGUGGGAACGGCUUCUGAAUCUCCAUUGGCUAAGACUGAGCCAAUCAGCAUCUCAGUAGAAACUUCUGCGUAGAACUUCUUGGACCACAGAUUGGGAUUUCAUACUUGAGAACAUUUCUGGCGUGUAGAGAAAGCGAUGCACGUCAUUAAAUAAAGCGCUUAUUCCUGUUACACAGUGUAUACUUAAUGACGUGAUUCUCUUUUAAACACAAAGAUAUAGACGAGCUAAAAGAGGAGGAUGUAUACAGCCGGGCUGAAUCCCCUUUACGCGUCAAAUUUUAGUCUCUGGUCCGCCUAUUGUUCGGGGGGUUUUGCAAUGGACACUGUUAAGAAGCCUUCGUUUUGCAUUGCUGACAUACUGCAUUUUGGAGACAACGAAAACGUCGCUGGGUCUUCAGCGCUCGUGACCCAUAUGGGAGCCAGGGCUCAAGUUCAUUCCACGGCAUCUCCGCUUCGCCCAUCUCCCCUAGCGCCGGACACAUCCGUAUUCGGUGGGAGAGUGAAUGCAGCGUCUGCCUACCACAGGCAUGGAAUACACUUGACCUCUGUGGCGAGAACAACAUUCUUUUCUCAAUCAGUACCUCCACUUUCUAGCAAAGAUCUCAAGUUCGGCAUUGAUCGGAUAUUGUCUACAGACUUCGAGCCAAAAUCAAAAGAAUCGUCAUCACUAAGAGAUCACACGUCUGUUGUUAGUUCGCAUCGCCAUUCAGUCUCCGUGCAGCCGAGCGCAAGUCAGUACUUCGCCUCCAUAGAGCCGGGGAUGAGCGACGCAUCCUCCAUUAUAAGUUCCUCCAGACAAUCAGGGCAUCAGUAUCAGGACACUUUCCCAGGACCCUAUGCAGUUCUCACCAAAGACACAAUGCCACAGACGUACAAAAGAAAAAGGUCCUGGUCCAGAGCUGUGUUCUCCAAUCUACAAAGGAAGGGUCUUGAGAAACGAUUUGAAAUUCAGAAGUACGUCACGAAACCGGACAGAAAACAGCUUGCUGCGAUGCUGGGACUUACGGAUGCUCAGGUCAAAGUGUGGUUUCAGAACCGCCGAAUGAAAUGGAGACAUUCCAAGGAGGCCCAAGCGCAAAAGGACAAAGAGAAGGAGCAGUCAGAUAAAACCGAGGCCGAGUCGGAACAGAAAGCCCGUGACGAGUCCGAGUGCGAUACCGAGCAAAGCGAUUCCGACUUCGACGAAGAAGCAGAACAGAAAAGAGAUACGAACAUUACUGAAUCCAGCAAACACAGCGUUAUCAUCGCCGGGCCUCUUCCUGUAGACCCUGAAAUCAUGGCGUCAACAAACACCGUGACAGAGACAACAGCAUCCUCACAAAUAGCGUUUUGACUUUGUUGGAAAAUCAGCAUUUGUGAAGCGUAAAGACCACUAAGAUCCAUGUCAAAGCCCAUUAAGCGUUUUAAAGGAGAGAACGCAGUUCAGCCAGUAAGACGGGCCUGGUUAGUUCGUGCCUGGGACACUUCGUUGCGAAAAGUAAAUAUAUCCAGUGAUGUCACUGACUUGUUCCUAUAUAAGGGGAAAUUUCAAUCUUGUGAAUAUCUUGUGAAUUUGAUCAUUGUGAAUAUUCAUCUGAACCACUUCUUGUUCACCUUAUGACCUCUGGGAUUUUACUCAAUGUAAAUGUUAUCUUAAAGUUCAUGAAUCUGACUGUAUUAUAUUUUAGGUAUUUGCACUGAAGAUGUAAAUAAAAGUUUAGCUUUUUUUCUUAUUCGA